AUGAGCCGAGCCGACAGCAGACUGGAUGGAAAGCGGGUCACCCGCCGCGGAGACGCGGGAGGUCAUCUGGCCGUGUUUACCAGUCCUCGAACCGCAGUGGCGAGCCCACGAGCAAGGCUGCUGUCCGCCUUCAAGAAAGACACGCAGGCCAGGAAAGUUUAUCUGGCAGGCAGAGAGUAUUACGGCGAGGAUGGAAAGACGUACGAAUUGGAUCUUGUCGGGAAAAUAAAGCAGCAGUUAAGCAAUGAUCCCACUUUCCACCCAGAGUAUCCGUCUUCUCUGGGCCUGCGGGAAUUUACCCGGCAAGCCACAGAGGUCGCCUUGGGAAAGAGCUCUCCAUCUAUAUUAGAGAACCGGGUGUUGGGAGUUCAGACGCCGGGUUUCAUCGCCGCAGUGCGUCUCGGAGCAGAGCUGCUGAAGCACUGGUAUGAUGGUGCUGCUUGGUGCGGACCCGUUUACCUCGCUUCUCCCUGUGAUGGUGCAACAACUUCAGACCUCGCUGUUUCCUCCAUCUCAUCCAUACGGUUUUUCAUCUUGAUCCUUGCUGCAGACUCAUUGGCCGGCGUCUUCCGGGCCGCAGGAAUCCAAGAUAUCCGCCGGUAUUGUUACUGGGAUGAUAAGCGGAGGGGAGUUUGUUUGGAGAGACUGUUGGAGGAUUUGGAGCGAGCCCCUGAGCGAAGCGCCGUCGUUCUCUCGGCGUCUGCCCAAUACCCGACUGGAGCAGACCUCUCUCAGAACCAGUGGGCUGUGAUUACUCAACUCAUGGCGAGGCGUGGAUUGGUCCCUUUCCUGCUGCUGCCGGCUCAGGGCCUCUGCUAUGGGGAUUUACAGCGGGACGCCUGGCCUGUGCAGCACUGCCAAUCGCAGGGAAUCCAGCUCUUUUGUGCUCAGUCGUUUUCCCAUUGCUUUGGACUAUAUGGUGAGGCCGUCGGACACUUGCUGUGCAUUUUGAAACAAAACUCCCUGCUGCUCUCUGUUAAGUCCCAAGCUGACAAGAUAGUGAGCUCGCUGUGGGCCCAGCCGUCUGCGGGAGGAGCUCAUGUUGUCGCCACUGUGCUCAGCAACUCCGCCCACCUUGUAGAAUGGCAGGGAGAGGUCAAGCACAUGGUUGAGAGAUGCAUGCUAAUCCGAGCCGUCCUGAGAGAGAAGCUGAGGCUUCUGGGGACUCCAGGUUGCUGGAACCAUCUGACUCAACAGGGCGGACUCUUCUGCUGUACCGGCUUGAAUGAUCAUCAAGUAGAAUUCCUGUCAAACAGGAGACAUGUAUACCUGCUCCCGAGUGGCUGCCUAAACAUGAGCGCAAUCAACGGCCGCAACCUGGACUAUGUCGCCGAGUCCAUUCAUCUGGCCGUGACCACUUCACUCUAACCAUGUGGCCUUUGAUCAAGAUGUGAAAUCAGUGCUGGAGAGGCUUUUCAGCUUGACCAGGACACGCUGAGCCUGAACAUCUCACAUUUUAUGUUAAAAUGUUCCGUUUCCUGUUGCCACUGAAAAAUAAAUGUUACACAGAAAUAUUCUUUCACAUGGCAAUUUUCAAAGUGCUGGUGAUUAAAGAUAACUAGGCUGUUAUCCGUUUGUUUUUUGUGUGUAUGGUUCACGUAACACAAUUGUAAAGCUCUAUCUGGUAAAUGGCUGUAAAUCAGUAAUAUUGUUGAAUUAUAUUUUCUCUUGUCUUAGGUAUUCAGCAACACAGCAUUUCACUCCAGACUUAAAUUUAUAUUUAUACAGUGAAACUUUACAUGUGAAAUUUGAACCGCUUUACACAAAACCACUAGCGACGGUGUUCCUCAAGGUUGAAUAUUAGGCCCAUUACUCUUUUGAGUGCAAAUGCUUCCACUUGGCAAUUGAAUUUAAAAGCAUAGAUCAUCACAGUAAUGCAGUCAAUCCUCAGCUUUAUCUGUAGAACCAAACAACAGAAAUACAGUAAAUAAACUAUAUGUUUGGCUGAUAUCAUAGGUGGGACGAUUUUAAUUUUCUGAAGAUUAAAUGACAAUGAAAAAAGUUUUUGUUGCUGACUUAGAAAAAAUUGGGAAGUUGAGAAGCCUGGCUUUUCAAUCAGAAAGUGAAAUUAGAAAACUUGGUGUGAUUUUUGCUCAAAUUUGAAAGUUUAAUCUCACAAACGUCUUUGUUUUCAUGUCAGAAACAUUUCUUGAGUCACUUUUUGGAACAAUUGAGAUGAUGGAAAACUGAUCCACGUUUUUUUCUGCAUGACUGGCUUAUUGUAGUGCUUUACUACUUAAAAACAUUUUUAUUUGGAUGAACACUCUCUUCAGCUCUUUUCUCAUCUAGUCCCCUCAUGUUAUGUUUUCAAUUGAUUCCCGAUUGUGACCUUUGCAAUUUUUUCCGCAUUACAUUAUAUUUGUCUGUUACACAACGUCAUUUGUUUUAGUGUGCUUUGAAAGCUUUGUCUCUUUUAAUU